AUUAACAAAUAGAAACAUGUAUGCAUUAAAAAUGCAAACUGCCUGUCAAAGCGAGGGCAGUGGAGAACCUGAUGAUCCAAGUAAUCAUCAUCAGGAACCUGCUAGACCUCCAGCACAGGAUUGUAGUUCAUUUGACAUUGUUAGAGCAACUCAGUAUGGAGCUUUAGAUCGUGUAACUGAAUUAGUAGAAACUGGUGCUGAUGUAAAUCAGCCAGAUUCAGAGACUGUAACAUUAUUGCAUUGGGCAGCAAUAAACAAUAGGAAAGAUAUUGUAAAAUACUUAAUUGCAAAAGGAGCAGUUGUUGAUGCAAUUGGUGGUGAGCUUGCUUCCACACCAUUACAUUGGGCUACAAGACAGGGCCAUUUACCUACAGUUGUGAUAUUAAUGAGAGCAGGAGCAGAUCCAACUCUUAGGGAUUCAGAAGGAUUCUCAUGUAUUCAUCUAGCAGCACAAUUUGGUCAUACUUCUAUUGUUGCUUAUCUAGUUGCAAAAGGAGUAAAUCCAAAUAUGCCAGACAGAAGUGCAAUGACACCCCUCAUGUGGAGUGCUUAUAAAGUGAAUAGUCUUUCUUUUUACAGUUUAGAUCCAACGCGCUUGUUAUUGACUUUAAGAGCAUCUCAUUCACUAGCUGAUAAUUUACAUGGUAAUACUGCUUUGCAUUGGGCUAUUAUAGCUGAGAAUAGUACAGCAAUAUCAACACUAGUUCAUCAUGGUGCAUCUUUGGAUAUACCAAAUAUUCGAGAUGAAACACCAAUGACAUUAUUGGGUCGUCAUAUUGGUGCUGCUUGGUUAGGACAUAAGAUCAGUCAAGAAAUCAGAGAAAAGCAGGGCAGAACAAGAACAUGGUGUAGAGAUAAGAGAAUACGCUGGUACUGUAUGGUCAGUACACCAUUUAUAGUUUUCUAUGUGAUUGGAAUGAUAUUUCAGAGUGGACUGGAUUAUCUAGUGAAAUUAGGUGCCUUUGUUACUCUUUAUAUAGCACUGUAUGUAGCUAAUCAUUUUAUCUUUGAUGAACGAUUAUUUCAUAUUGUACCAAUGUCAAUUUAUUUGGCUACAAAGAUGUGGAUAUAUGUAACAUGGGUAUUUUGGCUAGGUAUACAUGCUGCAUGGUAUUUAUGGUUACUAUUAGUAGGUGGAUCUGUACCAUUUUGGAUAUGUUUCUUACAAUCCUGGCGAGGGGAUCCAGGCGUAAUUACAGCUACACACGAGGAUAAGUUAAAUACGAUUAUAGAGUUAGCAGAAUCCGGUGGUUUUGAACCACAAUCGUUUUGCAGCAGUUGCUUGGUCAGAAGACCUAUGAGAUCUAAACAUUGUUCUACAUGUGAUCGAUGCGUUGCACGAUUUGAUCAUCACUGUCCUUGGAUUAACAAUUGUAUCGGUGCGCAUAACCACAAGUAUUUUCUGGGAUUUUUAGCAUCACUAUUAGGCCUCUGUAUUGUUGUUUUAUCUGCUUGUGUACAGUAUUGGCAAUUUAAAUGUUGGACAAAUUUAACAAAUGGGCAUAGCGCUGAUAAUUAUCUAGUUGCUGCGGCUACGUGCGAUGCUUGGGUAAUGUGGGUUGCAGCAAAUACCUCUCUUCAUUUCUUUUGGGUUGGCACAUUGCUUACGUGUCAGUGUUAUCAGAUUAUGGUUCUUGGAAUGACAACAAACGAACGUAUGAAUGCUGGACGCUACGCGCAUUUCAAACAAGGAAAUCCUUUCCAUCGUGGUGCUCUUCAGAAUGCUGCUGAUUUUUGCAAUUUAAACUUUUGCGGAAUAAAAGGGAAACCGAGCUCAGAUUGGUUGCAUAGCUUUGAUCACAAACAGAGCAUCGAAAAGCUGCCUCUACUUGCUACGAAAGAUAACUUCCAAUAUAUUUAAAAUUUGUUUUAAGAAUCGCAGAACUGUCAUGGAGGAUAAUGUAAUUUUGCCAUCAGAAGCUAACAUAGUGUGUCAUAUCAUUUACGCCUGAAGCAUACUUCUGGAUUACCAAAGAGUUACUACAAAAUUGGAAGUGACUUUAAGGAAGGUAGUGAUUUUGCAUAUACAGAUUUAAAUUGCAUACUAUAAGUAAUUUCUUACACUCAAUGAAAUACAAAUUUUAACAUUCGUCUAUUGUAAAAGACUGUUCUAUGACGUAAGUAUGCAUA